AUGAAGACAUUCACCAUCAUUACCGCGCUGGCCCUGACAACCUGCGUCGCGGGACAUGGAUAUCUCUAUAUCCCGAGUAGCCGCACCAGACUAGGAAACGAGGCCGGCGUGGACUCCUGUCCCGAAUGUGCCAUCCUCGAACCCGUCUCGUCAUGGCCAAACCUCGACUCAGCCCUCGUCAGUCGUAGCGGACCUUGCGGCUACAACGCCCGCGACAGCAUCGACUACAACCAGCCCACCAGCAACUGGGGCACCGGACCAGUCGCCUCCUACACCGCCGGCCAAGAGAUCGAAGUGCAGUGGUGCGUCGACCAUAACGGCGAUCAUGGCGGUAUGUUCAGCUACCGCAUCUGCCAGGACCAGAGCAUCGUCGACAAACUGCUCGAUGCUUCGUACCUACCGACCCAGGCAGAGAAGCAAGCUGCGGAGGACUGCUUCGAAGCCGGUCUCUUGCCUUGCACAGACGUCAAUGGGCAGGAGUGUGGGUAUAGUGCGGACUGCGCGGAGGGUCAGGCCUGCUGGCGCAAUGACUGGUUUACCUGCAAUGGGUUCCAGGCGUCGGAGAGACCCAAGUGCCAGGGGGUGGAUAAUGCGCCGUUGAACUCAUGCUACACCUCGAUUGCUGGUGGGUAUACCGUGACCAAGAAACUGAAGAUUCCUGACUAUGUGUCCAACCAUACUUUGUUGUCGUUCAAGUGGAAUUCGUUCCAGACUGGGCAGAUCUAUCUCUCUUGUGCGGAUAUUUCCAUUUCUUAG